AGAUAUCCUGUCUCGUCCAUUGGCUGACUAUCAUCAGUCCAACAUCAGAUCAGCUCUGACGGACAGUCUUGCUGCACUUGCACCGAGAAAAGAUGGACGAGGUGGUGAUGGAGAAUAUAUUCUUACUGGUGCUGGUCACACUGCUGAGUGUUGUGCAAAACGCAUUCUUUGCUCAGAAAGUUGAGAAGGAGUGCAAGGCACAUGAUGGCAAAACACCUGCGUUUGAACGAUUGUCCUGUGCCAAUCGAAACUGUAUGGAUGCCUACCCAACGUUCCUGGCAGUCAUGUGGUGUGCCGGAAUCUGUCUCAGUCAAGCACCAGCAGCAUUUGCUGGAACUGUGUACCUUGUGGCCAGGCAGAAAUACUUUGUUGGAUACAUGGGACAGACAUGCCAGAGCACUCCAGGCUUCCUGUUCGGAAAGCGCGUGCUCUCCUUCUUAUGCCUCAUGUGUGUUGUGGGUAUUGUGAACUACCUGCUGGUGACAUAUGGGGGCAGUGACUAUAAAGAGUACAUCCAGACCAUCACCAAGGCUGCCUCCACUCUCCUCCUCAUCCCUUAGUCAGCAUCCAAAGACUUGCCUCUCAGGGCAAGUUUUACAAUCUUUUACAUUUUAAAAUUGUUAUUCACAUGCAGCACUAUUACACAUACAUGUCACAGAGCACAUAAUUCUAUAGUUCCAAUAUUUGGCCUGCUCUGUUAUUUGUUCAAUACCUCAAAAUAAUGAAUGCCACUUUGGUCAGUGCCACCCACAAGCAUUAUCAGUCUGCUGUUGGGAGUUGUUAAACUUCUGUGAGAACAAUUUUGAGCAACUAAUUGACAUUCAAACUUAUCUUUCUUUCUACUUACACAUUAGUGUUUUGGUCUACACUAUUACAAUACUUUAUUGUACGUAGUAUCCUUUGUUAUGAUUAGGAGCCACUCUCAUUGCUUCAUCAAUAAAACAGAAUGAUUUCCAUGUAA